AUGGCAGGCUCUUCUGCAUUUUCUGAUGUUCAUCCUCCUGUUAGGUCCGUUAGUUUGCCAUCUAGAAUUCACCCCACUUCUGUCAAGUUAGAAUCAACAUUAGACCACGUUAAAGCUUCGCAAAUUCCUUCAACAUCACCACGAGCUGAUACAAUAAAAAAUGGCCUUGUUGGUCUUGCAGAGUUGUACAAUUGCAUUACAGAAUUCAUUCACUCCCCACAAACACAACAGGCUCUUCUUCGCCACAAGAAUGGAAAAUUGGUUGAAGAAACUUUGGACAGAUCAGUCAUAUUGCUGGACACUCGUGGCACAGCUAGAGACAUAUUGUUGACAAUGAAGCAAUAUGUACAAACUCUUCAAUCGGCUCUACGCAGAAGGGGCGGAGACUCAAGCAUCGAAAGCCAUAUUGCAGCUUACAUUAGCUUUAAAAAGAAGGGGAAAAAGGACAUUGCAAAGUACCUUGGAGCAUUGAAGAAAUUGGAAAGCAAAGGUUCCAUUUCUUCCUCACUUUUAGAAGCAGAACAUCAUUUAUCAUUUAUAAUCAAAGUUUUAAAUGAAACAUGUGCCAUGAGCAUCGCCAUUUUUCGAGCUCUUUUGCUAUUCUUGUCGACGCCAACAUUGAAGACAAAGCUUGGAGGGUGGCAUUUGAUCUCAAAGUAUGUGUCCAUGAGACUAUUAUCUUCUGAGCAGAAAGAGCAGAAGAUAAUUAAUGAAGUAGAGAGUGUGGAUGUUGCACUUUACUCUCUACAACGGACGAGCACUGCAAAGAAAAACGAAGUACACAUAGCUCAAAGAUUGUUAGAGAAUCUUCAUGUUAGUGUUGAAGGGCUUGAAGGAGGAUUAGAUUCCCUGUUCAGAUGUCUAGUCCAAAAUAGAGUCUCUUUUCUUAACAUACUUACCAGCUAG